UUUGCCAACAGAAAUGGGUUGGAGUAACAAUGUACUCUUACUCAAUAUGCUCACAUACUCUUAGAGGCUCUACUAGAUAUGGUCCUUUAUAUUUCCCUUUGAAGUGCUUUUUUCUAUAUUAAUUGAAACUCCAAUGAUUUAAUCAUUCUCAACCUUUUCAAAGUAGUUACUAUUUAAGGAAUCGCCAAUUUAAACCAAAAUUUAUAUAAUCUUCAACAAUCGACCAACUCUUUCGAAAACGGUGCUAAAAUGAGUGCACCUAAGUCCAUAAACAUCAGAAGAAAAAGCAGCGAAAGCAAUAGUAACAAUAUUGUUGGCUCGUACUCAAGCAGACGAUCUCAGCAGAUAAAUCGCUUAUCGCAUUCUCCUAUGCAGGAAGGAUUUCUCUCUCAACAAAAAGAUUUUAAAGAUUCACAGCCAAAGAAUGAUACACCUUCUUCUCAAUCAAACUGGCUGUCUAGUCGUCCGUCUGAACAUGAAAGACCAGUGUACGCAAAUUAUGGUUCUCUUGCACGUGAGGAAAGAGUACCGCAUCGUCUAGGACUAAUUUCUGAUGAUAUGUCAACUACAGAAGACCCAAACAUUGUUCGUCGUCACUUAAACACAAAGAUUUCAAGAAACGACGAUGACUUUUCGUCCUUACAUCUGCAAGGUGGUGAUGUUCAUCGACAGGUGUAUCGUUGGCAAGAAGAAAUGGAUCAGAAUCAAGUCAUACGUCGUGGGCGCUCUCGUUCUUUUUCAGCUUUAAAUCCCAAUACUAACGAUUUGGGUAGGAAUAUCCAAGACUUGAAACAAGCUGGCGGUAUGCGAAGAGAUUUCCUUUUAAACCGACCUAGUAGCGCUUCCCUAGGAGCCCCUAGCAACUUAUCUGUACAACCAAAUUUUUUAAAUAGAAAUUUUAUUGAGUUUCUUUCCGUUUAUGGACAUUUUGCUGGUGAAGAAUUGAGUGAAGAAGAUGAAGAGGAGGAAGAAGAUUUUGCCAUGCCCAGACGCGUUACUCCAUCGAUGAUCCAAUCUUCUGAUAUCUUGGAGGAAGAGCCUUUGCUUGGUUCUCAACAGAUCCGUCAUAAAACAUUACCAAAAGGUAGUGCUUCCAAUGGCAAGGCUGUACUUCUUUUAUUGAAAUCAUUUGUUGGAACCGGUGUUCUUUUUCUACCUAAAGCUUUUUUAUUGGGUGGUCUUGUUUUUUCUAGUAUAUGUCUUCUGGUGGUGGGACUCUUAUCCCAUAUCUGUUUUCUUCUUCUUAUUGAAACGCGAUCAAAAAUACCUGGGAGUUUCGGUGACAUUGGCGGCACUUUAUAUGGCCCCAAAAUGCGAUUAGCAAUUUUAACUUCCAUCGUUAUAUCUCAAAUUGGAUUUGCUAGUGCAUAUAUAUCAUUCGUGGCCAGUACUUUACAAGCGUGCGUACGCGCUGUUUUAGCAUCCCAUAAAGAGUAUCAUGUUGCCGUUUUUAUAUUUUUACAAUUCCUUGUCUUUGUUCCUUUGUCGAUGGUUCGGAAGAUAUCAAAACUCUCAGCUACUGCAUUAAUCGCUGAUGCCUUUAUCCUUCUUGGAAUAUUGUACCUUUAUUUCUGGGAUGUCUUUACUUUAGCAACGAAGGGCAUUGCCGACGUGGUUUUGUUUAAUAGAACAGAUUUUAGUCUAUUUAUUGGCGUUGCUAUCUUCACGUAUGAAGGUAUCUGUCUUAUUCUUCCUAUACAAGAGCAGAUGGCAAAACCCAAAAAUCUUCCUAAAGUCUUAUCAGGAGUGAUGCUCGCUAUUUCCCUUUUGUUUAUCUCAAUUGGUGUUGUUUCGUAUGCAGCUUUCGGAUCGAAAGUGCAAACCGUUGUCAUCCUUAACAUGCCUCAGAGCUCUUUCACGGUUGUCAUUCAGUUUCUCUAUGCUGUAGCUAUUUUACUCAGUACACCAUUGCAAUUAUUCCCUGCUAUAGCAAUUAUUGAACAGGGGAUAUUCACGAGAAGCGGUAAACGUAAUCGUAAAGUGAAGUGGAGGAAGAAUACAUUGCGUGUGUUUAUUGUCAUGUUCUCCAUUUUAGUGUCUUGGGCGGGAUCUUCUCGACUAGAUCAAUUCGUCAGUAUGGUUGGUAGUUUAUGUUGUAUACCAUUGAUUUACAUGUACCCUCCCAUGCUGCAUUAUAAGGCAUGUGCGACGACGUGGAAACUUCGUGCUCUUGACAUAACCAUGUUCGUUAUUGGUUUUGUUUCUAUGAUCUUUACGGCAUAUAUGACUUUAUUCUAGUUUAUGAAGUUUACUUGUUUAUUAUCUUAUGGAUUAGAAAUUAUAUUGAACUUUGUCAAAUUGCUCAAGGUUCUCCUCCAUUCCUUGUUUUUCCUUUAGAAGAAGUCUUUGAUUUUUUGCUCCCAUCCAGGUGAUAUUGACGAAGAUUCAUCUUAGUUAUAGGCAUACUAUUUAAUUAAUUUAAUUUUAUGAAAUUCUAUUUAACUCAUGAAGACUAAAAUAUGCGUAACUUCUCAUAAUAUAAACCAUU